AUGUCUUUCCUCCGCAUCGCCGCUCGCGCCGUCCGCGCUCCCGCACAGCCCCGUAUCCAGGUCGCAUCGCGCGUCCAGCGUCUCAACCAGGCCAGAACUUUCAGCGUCGCCAGCGUCAAGCGUGCCGACGUCGACGCACACGACCCUCACCACGAGGAGAGCUUCGAGGAGUUCACCGCCAGAUACGAGAAGGAAUUCGAGGGUGUCCAGGAUGUUUUCGAGCUCCAGCGUAACCUGAACAACGCCUUCGCCUACGAUCUCGUUCCCGCUCCUUCGGUCAUCGUUGCCGCCCUCAAGGCCGCUCGCAGAGUCAACGACUUCCCCACUGCCGUCAGAAUCUUCGAGGGCAUCAAGGCCAAGGUCGAGAACCAGAGCCAGUACGACGAGUACCUUACCGAGCUCGAGGGCCUCAGGAAAGAGCUUGGUGUCGAGCUCAGAGAGGCCAUGUACCCCGAGUCCUCGUAA